AUGGACGCUCGCAGGCACACCCAAGCUGGCGUCCCACCGAAAGACGAAAGCUUUUACGAGAGGUUGAACAACAACGCCAACAAUCUGCAAUGGUACGCACAGAAAUUCGGCGAGGCAAUGCAUAUCACGCCCAAGACCUACGACGCCAUGCUCGCCAUUGCCGACAAGGUCCUCCCCGGUGGGAAGCCGUUGAUGUUCGUCAGCGCCGCCAACAGGUCCAUCCGUGAUCACGCCGCCGCUUGCCUGGUGGCAGAUGCAAGAGUGGGGAUCUAUUUUCAGCGCUCCUUCUCGCCCGCACGGUACCCUCACGCGCACGAAUUCUUCCGGAAGGCACCUACCAAGCUCAUUCAAAUCGUCAACAGCGCGCGCCGAGGGAAGCAACCGAGUCUGUCUGGCGUUGGUGACAGAGAACGAAAUAUCGGAGCACGCAGUCCUCGGAGCAAAACCUGUACAGUCAAGUGUGAAUAUGAUUCCCCAACCAAGUCCGCACCACCACCGUCUGCGACGUUGACGCCAUUCAAGUGGGAAGAGAGGGAGGACGAACGUGACGGCCACCAAAAGGACACAAACACCACCCCGCCCGAUGCGCAGGGUAUGCUGCGUGGGUUCUGUGUUCUGAAACCGGCAGUGCCCAAUACCCUUGAGGUUAUGAGUCUCAAGUACGGAUUUCCGGUCGCGGUGAACAUGGCGCAACUCUUCAACACCAUGUGGACGCCGGGGCCAGAGGACAUCAAUAUCGCGGCCAUCCGCGCUGGCUGCCAGUCAAUCCGGCAGAGGCGCGAGCUGCCUGCGCUGAGUGAUGAUCGGCUGAAUUUCAGGUUCUUCUGGGCUGAGAACGGGGCCGACAAGGACAUGGACGUAUUCGACGACACUACCCUUCGAGACGCCUACCGGAUUUGGCUGGCGGCUGGCGAUCCUGCCAUUCCUUUUGUGCUCUGCGCAGACGAUGUCAACGUGCCUGGUGCGUGGGUCAGUGAGAAUAUGCUGAUGGAUCGCUGA